CUCUCUCUUCUCUCAUCUCUCUUUCCAAGUUUCUUCUCGCUUGCUCAAGCCACCUCCCAAAUAUCUCUAUUUUUUACUCUUCUCCCAUUCUGUUCCACCGAAAAUGAUGGCGAAAGAUAGAAAAAGACAUUCCCCUCUGAUUCACAAUUUAAGGUUUGUUGUUAUCUUUCAACUCUGCUAGAUUUAUCACUUUUGGUAGAUGCAUCAUGCAUACAUUCUUUUACUAAUCUUUGAUUUAUUUUGUUUGUUGCAAAAUUUGAAUCAAUGAACGGGGGAUGACCGGAUGACCCCGCGGGAAAGUUUGCGAGGAGCUGUGGAAGUGGAUUCGCCAGCGACGAUGACUGACGGCAGAAUAAGGUCAACAGGACGUGGAAGGUUGCCUUUGUUUUGCGUAAAUUUUGAUAUUUUAGUUUUCUUUCAGUUGCAUUCGUUUAUUUUAGUUCUUCUGAAUUAAACCUUUGUCCUUCCAGUUGAACGUGGAUUUGAUCCCUCCAAUGAUUUCUACACUCUUUUGAUACUCAAAUUCAGCUAUUAUGUUUGGUUGACUAUUGAAUUUGUAUAUAAAAAUUUAGGGUUAUGCUUCGAGUCAAUUGGGGGUUUUGAGGAAUCGCAAGAAUUAAAGUUUCCGACCCUCUGAGUAGUUGAUAUAAUAAUGUUUCUGGUCUAUCCCGAGGGUUUCAUUUGCUGAAUAUCAAUUUUGUUGAUGAAAAUGGCCCAGUCAAAGAUUCUGCCAUUAGUUUUAUUCUUUCUCUGAUAAAGAGUUCAUGAACUCUAGACGUGGAGCUCUGCAUUGGCUUCCUCUUAACUUGAUAUGGAAGUAAUAGCAGUAACCCUGGUCAUACUUUGUUCUAUGGGAUUGUGCCUGUAUUGGUUGCAUCAGUUCUCUCUGGUUGAGCUUCAUCCUUGUGUCAAUGGGCUUCUCAGGUUUGUUACAAAUUGUUGGCAUCAACAUUUUUAUUCAUUGGACAUGCUACAUUACCAUUUCCUUUUGUCACAGGUCAAGAAACACUCGGCAUACCUCAUGACAAUUGAGAUGUCGAUUGUUGGAAGCCUGUGCUUAUUCGUUAGCAUGACAAAGUCUCCGGAUGGUGAAGCAAUCAGGAAGUUCGGAUUUUUUCAUGACUGGACUUCAUUAACCUUGGAGAUAUGGGAGUUAAUGGAUGUUGCAGCUACUCAAGAACAUCUUGUAGAAGCAUAGAUCAAAUAUUCUAAUAACUUUUGAUCAUGUGUAUUUGAUUUUCAUUAUAUCGAUAUUUUAUCAACAAUAACUAGUCUUUUCAAUUAUGUAUUAAUUAAUAUUGAUCAAUAAAUAAAUGAUAUGUGAACUAAUUGUAUUGACAAUAAUGUAAGAAUUUGAUGCUAUAAGAGUUUGUCCUUCAAUUGUAUCAUGGGAAAACAUGAUGGUUAGUGAUUGAUAAUUAGAGAUAGUAAAAUACUGUGAUGAAUUGUUAUUAUCUAGACAUUGUGAUAAAUUGUUAUUAUCUAAACAUGAUGGUUAGUGAUUGAUAAUUUUACUUAAGUUUAGAAUGAAAACUUUAUUUUGAA